AGUUGGCGGUGUCUUGAGCCAGCAUGAGUUUGUCCAAACAUAAAUCUCAGAAAAAUGAUCAACUGUUUUCAUCAACUAGCAAGAUAAGUGUCACAAUCCUUGCAUCAGAAUGGGGAUCAAGUAAAGGUGGACUAUCCACAUUAAACAGAGAGUUAGCCAUUCAGUUGGCUAAGUUUCCUGAAGUGGAUGUUUCCUUCUUUGUCCCACAAUGUGGCGUAGAGGAAAAGAGAGCUGCACUCAGCCACAACAUCGAAAUUGUUCAAGCAACAAAGCGGCCUGGCUACGAUGAACUUGAAUGGCUGAGCUUUCCACCAGCUCAGCUCCAAAUUGAUGUCGUGGUUGGCCAUGGGGUAAAACUUGGGCACCAAGCUCAAGUUAUUAGAGAGUCUCACAAAUGCAAGUGGAUUCAAGUUGUCCACACUGAUCCAGAGGAGCUUGGAAUGUUCAAAACCUAUCAAAAUCCCAUUUCCACAGGCGAGAAAAAGCGCCAGGCAGAAGUAGAACUCUGUGAGAUGGCAGACUUGAUUGUGGGGGUUGGACCCAAGUUAUGCGAGGCAUUUCGCAGAUACCUCCAUUGGUGCAAGAAGGAUAAAAGUAUCCACGACAUCACUCCGGGUGUUUUUGAUGAAUUUGAGAAUAUUGAACCCCUCGAUGAAGAUAUGAAACGAUGUGGCAUUCUAGUGUUUGGCCGAGGGGAUGCCGAAGACUUCAAGUUGAAAGGUUUCGAUGUUGCAGCCAAAGCUGUUGCUAAGGUUGAAGACGCUCGUCUUAUUUUCGUUGGUGCUCCGGAAGGAAAACACGAAGAAAUAGCCAAACGUUUUCGCGAAUGUGGUGUGCCUGCCGACCGCCUUACUGUGAGAAGCUUUGUGAAAAACCGCGAGAGUCUGAAACACCUGUUUUGCGAAGUGGAUCUAGCGCUUAUGCCAUCAAGAACUGAGGGUUUUGGCCUAACUGGUUUGGAAGCUUUAUCAGCUGGUCUCCCUGUGCUUGUCAGUAAAAACUCAGGGUUUGGAGAAGCCCUGAAUGAAGUACCAUUUGGUGCAGCGUGUGUGAUUGAUUCAGAAGAUUCCAGUGUAUGGGCUGAAGAGAUCAAGAAAGUUCGGAAGAAAAAAAGACAGAUGCAACUACAGGAGGCUGAUGCACUCCGCACCUCAUACGGAAAGAAAUACAGCUGGGCCAAGCAAAUUCAAGCUUUCGUCACCAAGAUGAUCAACAUUGUUAAUGGUAUGGCUUCAGAUGCUUCUGUUUGUGAGGUGAGCGGAGCCCAACAUCAACACCAAGCAUCAGGUUUAUCCCUUUCCCAGGUUGCGCAAAAGGAUGAUGAUCAUCAUGCAGCUACGAACAUCAUUCAUGAUCUGCAACAAUUAAAUUCCAAACAACCAACGGACAAGGAGAGUGAACUGUUGUUGAACCUGCAGAAAACUGCUGCGGACAAAGGAUUUCUCAUUUGUGACAAUCCAGCAUCAGCAAACUGCAUGUUUUAUACAAUUUCACAACAACUACAACACGUGAAAGGAAUCCACAUCUCAUACUAUGAAAUAAGGAAGGAAUUAGUUCGGUUCCUCGAAAACUUUCCCAACCUGCCCGAUGGAACAGAGCUGUUCAAGUUUGUCCACGGAUAUCCAUCAUGGUCUGAUUACUUGAGAAACAUGGAGAAAGACAACACUUGGGGUGAUCACGUGAUGCUUCAUGCUGCAGCAAACUGCUACAAGACUGGUAUUCGUGUGAUCAGCAGUCUUGGCUUCGAUGUAAUGAUCAGUCCGAAUCAUCCCGGUGUUGUCAACACCAAUACACUUGUGGUUGGUCACAUUCAUGAGAGGCACUAUGUAGGCCUUCGACUCAAACAAGAUAUUCCUGAGCCUUGCGAGUUGAUUGAGAGGAUUCGUCGGCUGUACAAAAUACGUGAAGAACGACUCCUGCCAGUCCCUUGGUGCGAAGAUUUCAGUUUUAGUCUGAACGAGAUUUUCACCAGGCUCAGAAUUGUACGCAAAGAUAAGACUAGAGGAGAAAUGAAGGACGAUAUCACAAACAUGACAGCUAUCUUCAAAACCCAUGAAGAAUGCAAAGAACCCCGGACAGUUUUGAUCGAAGGGGAUCCAGGUAUGGGAAAAACAACCUACUGCCAGAAGUUGGCGUACGACUGGGCAACUUCACGAGAACACUGGGACGAGUCCUUCCCGAUGAUUACUCUUCUUUUACUGCUAAGGUGCCACGAUAUCAAAUCUAACCUUUGGGAAGCAAUUGAUGAGCAACUUCUUCCUGACGACGUCGACGAAGAAUGUAAAGAAAACCUUUUCAAGUUCAUUCGUGAGAAUCAGUCCAGCGUUUUGUUCGUUCUUGAUGGUUUAGACGAAGCUGACCAUGGUAAAAUAAACAUGUUUAUCAAUCUCGCUCAAAGUAAAGAACUCCCUAAAUGCCUUUUUGUUUUCACAUCUCGUCAUGAAUCUGGGAUGAAAAUGAGGCCCUACUGUGACAAUCUGUGGGAGAUUGUGGGAUUCACAAAUGAAGACGCCGAACGUUUUAUUUACAAGUACUUUAGAAACAUGAAAUACUUAGCUGAUAGACUUCGUCGAGAGAUUAGGUCAAGGUCAGACUUACGCCAACUGAUAUCAAAUCCUCUUAAUACCGCAUUAUUGUGCAUUCUUUGUGAAGAUUUUGAAGAAGCUUUUCCAGAGAGCAGAACUCAAUUGUACAUUGAAAUCGUAAAGUGUGUCUUGAGAAGAUAUGAAGCAAAGAAAGGAUUUUCCAGCGACGAGGAAGAUUUAAUUGAAGUUUACGAAGAGGAACUCAGAAGCUUGGGGUGUAUAGCGUUACAAUCUCUUCUUAAGGGUGAGCUAUAUAUCGAAGAAAGCAAAGCAAAUGGUAACAAUUUUAAUGCUGUAAAGAAGUUUGGAUUUCUGUCAACUCAGUCUGGAAGGAGCAGGAGAAAGCCUUGCUUUCGUUAUUGCUUUCUACACAAGAGCUUUCAAGAGUUCUUUGCCGGUUUUUAUCUUGCUUUAAAGAUUGUCAGAGAAGAAGAUGAAGCAGAAAUCACAAUCAUAGAUGAAAGAUUUCUGGGUGAGCUAGGGCAGGUGUUUUUGUACAUAUGUGGAAUUGUUGCUAUACAAUCCGAAGAAAAUGCUAAGCGUCUUUUACGAAAAAUUACUGCUCAUGUAAAUAUGAUAAGUGCGGAAGUUAAAGAAGUUGGGAGGACCAUAGAAUUGGCAUUUGGUUUAAUAGAGGAAUGUGGAAAAUGUAAGAAAAGCCUUCAGUCCCAGUUGCUUCAUGAGUUUGGGGCUCACCUCCAGCUUAAGGCUUGCACCUUUAAAGAGAUUCCGCGAUUAGACUUUUUUUUAAAAAGUCUUUCGUCCAAUACCUCAUUGACUUAUUUGGACUUAAGUUCCAAUGAGAUUUGUGAUUCUGGAGCUGCUUCUCUCUCUCAGGCCCUUUCAGUCAAUACCUCAUUGACUUAUUUGGACUUAAGUUCCAAUAAGAGUUAUAAUUCUGGAGCUGCUUCUCUCUCUCAGGCUCUUUCAGUCAAUAGUUCAUUGACUUAUUUGGACUUACGUUCCAAUGAGAUUUGUGAUUCUGGAGCUGCUUCUCUCUCUCAGGCCCUUUCAGUCAAUACCUCAUUGACUUAUUUGGACUUAAGUUCCAAUGAGAUUUAUAAUUCUGGAGCUGCUUCUCUCUCUCAGGCUCUUUCAGUCAAUAGUUCAUUGACUUAUUUGGACUUAAGUUCCAAUAGGAUUCUUGAUUCUGGAGCUGCUUCUCUCUCUCAGGCUCUUUUAGUCAAUACUUCAUUGAUUCAUUUGAGCUUGGGUUCCCAAACAAUAGGUGAUUGUGGAGCUGCUUCUCUCUUUGGGGCCCUUUCAGUCAAUACUGCAUUGACUUAUUUGGACUUACAUUCAAAUAUGAUUGGUGAUUCUGGAGCUGCUUCUCUCUCUCAGGCUCUUUCAGUCAAUACUUCAUUGACUGGUAUGAAAUUAUGUUAUAAUGUGAUUGGUGAUUCUGGAGCUGCUUCUCUCUCUCAGGCUCUUUCAGUCAACACCACAUUGACUGUCUUGAAUUUGGAUUGCAAUCAAAUUGGUGAUUCUGGAGCUGCUUCUCUCUCUCAGGCUCUUUCAGUCAAUACUUCAUUGACUCAUUUGGGUUUGCGUAACAGAAUGAUAGGUGGUCCUGGUUAUGCUUCUCUCUCUCAGGCUCUUUCAGUCAAUACUUCAUUGACUCAUUUGGGUUUGCGUAACAGAAUGAUAGGUGGUCCUAGUUAUGCUUCUCUCCUUAAGGCUCUUUCAGACAAUAUUUUAUUGACUGAUUUGGACUUACGUAGCUAUGAAAUUUUUUAUUGUGAUUCUGCUGCUUUUCUCUCUCAGGCUCUUUUAGUCAAUACUACAUUGACCCAUUUGGACUUGCAUUCCUUUGUGAUUGCUGGUGAUAGUGUUGCUUCUCUCUCUCAGGCUCUUUCAGUCAAUACUUCAUUGACUCAUUUGAACUUAGAAAGUACUAACUUUGGUGGUUCUGCUGCUACCUCUCUCUUUAACGCUCUUUCAGUCAAUAUUUCGUUAAUUGAUUUGAACUUGAGUUACAGUCAAAUUGAUAAUUCUAGUUCUGCUUCUCUCUCUCAGGCUCUUUUAGUCAAUACUUCAUUGACUCGUUUGAACUUGGGUCAUAAUCAUAUUGGUGAUUCUGGAGCUGCUUCUCUCUCUCAGGCUCUUUCAGUCAAUACUACAUUGACUCGUUUGAACUUGGGUCAUAAUCACAUUGGUGAUUCUGGAGCUGCUUCUCUCUCUCAGGCUCUUUCAGUCAAUACUACAUUGACUUAUUUGAACUUGGAAGCUAAUUUUAUUGGUGCUUCUCUCUCUCAGGCUCUCUUAGCCAACUCAAGCUCACUUGAUCUUUAUCUGAAUAGGUUUGCUAAAAUGAGCAAAAAGUCAUUUGCAUUUUAA